UCUAUUAGGUUGAUUGUUCCACGAUAUGUGAACACAUGAGUAUGCAAAUGUAACGACAUAAAAUCUCACCAAUGAAUAGUUGUUGAUUACCAAUAAUUUUUACUAUUUACCAAUAGUAAAAAACUUAUUCUUACGAGUUACUAACUACCCGCCAUUAAUUAAGCGCAUUUUUUAAAAUUGAUUUACUCGCGCUGACGGCACAACUUGCAGUUCCGUAGCUGCCUAGCGAAAGCUCACUUUAGAGUUUAGACUUUAGACUUAGAGAGAGUUGCAGAUAUUUUCAUUAUCCAUUCCCGCCAGGACCUCCGUCUUCUUCCGUCGCCGGCUGGCAACUCUACUCCAUUUGCCGGCAUUAUGCAUCUCUACUUACUUUCUUCCCGCGUCUCUUUCUCUCCGCCCGUCUUCUGGCAUGCAUCUUCUUCCGCCACCCUCCCCUUCCCCGCCCCGGCAACCGCUAAACCCCUCCCUCCGCCGUCUUCGCGGCCGGCGAAGAGCCUCAAAUUAGAAGCUGCAAUUCCUCCGUCGAACAGCAAGUGCGCUCUCGAGUGCCCUCAUUUCCAAUCAUGCUCAGGCUGCACUCACGAGCUCGACCUCGAUCGUCCCUCCGUGGUUGAUGAGGCGGCUGAGUUCUUCAGCAAACUCGGAGUCUCGGAUUUCACUUUCGAUAGUUCUAGACUUUGGGAAUGGAGGUGUCGAGCGAAGCUUGCCGUCCGGGGUUCGUCGGCGACCCCUUUGAUUGGACUGUACGAGGAGGGGACUCACAACGUGGUCGACAUUCCCCAUUGCAAAGGUUUAAUAAAAAAUCUCGAUUGGAUUGUUGCUCAAUUUGUAAUAGGUAUCACUGCAUUGAGGAUUCUGCCUUAUGAUGAAGAUCAGGGAACCGGUGACUUGCGAUAUGUGCAGAUGGCCGUUACCACUCACAACACAUCACUUCCUGUCUCAGAUAGAUAUAAAAAUGGUAAAGUACAGGUUUCUCUAGUUUGGAAUACAAGAAAUGAGACCUCUCCUAGUUCUGAAAAGUUAACUGCCUUGGCUCAGUUCUUGUGGAGAAAUGGAGGACCAAGGAGCAACGAAAAUAUCAUCCACUCUGUGUGGGCUAAUUUCCAGACAUCGUCUAACAAUAUUAUCUUCGGGAAUAGGUGGAGACAUCUUUUAGGAGAAAUGGAUUUGUGGGAGCAUGUUGGAGGUAUCGAUGUAUCCUUGGCUCCAUCUAGUUUUGGCCAAGCCAAUACACGCGCUUUUGAUUCCUUGCUGUGGAAGUUACAAAAAUAUGUACCUCGAAGAUCAUCAGUUUCUGACUUGUAUGCUGGAGCUGGAGUAAUUGGUUUGUCAGUUGCCGCCAGUAGAAAAUGCAGAUCUGUCAAGUGCAUCGAGGUUAAUAAAGAGUCAAAACUGUCCUUUGAGAAGACAGUUGAACGCCUUCCAAAGUCUUUAGAUGGCAGCAUCAGCUGGCACCAAGCAGACACUUCUGCGGAACCUCUUUCUUGGCUCAUGGGGUCUGAAGUGGUCAUUGUUGAUCCACCAAGGAAGGGACUGGAUGCAUCUCUUGUCGAUGCAUUGAAGACUAUAUCCUUCCGGAAUCUUAAACCAAUGUCAUCAACUGAUGGCAGCUCUCAAGUUAAAGAAGAAAAAAGACCAUGGGUCUUACGUGCCAGAGAAUCUUCAGUUUAUGUUAGGAGUUCAACAACAGCGGAUGGACCCCUAGUUCUCCCUCAAACGCUAAUCUAUAUAAGUUGUGGUUGGGAGAGCUUCAAAGAGGAUUGCAAAGCGCUGUUGUCUACGAACAAAUGGCGGUUGGAACACGCCCAUGGUUUUAAUUUCUUUCCUGGAACUCAGAGCAUAGAGGUUCUGGCAGUCUUUCAGAGGGGUAAAGUAGCUAACCUCAAGAAAAAGAAACUAGGAAAGAAGAAAAAACGCUCAUGAGCAUCUUGGAAAAUUGGUGUUACAUAUCAGGAAGCUUCACUGAUCCCAAAUGGGGACUAGAAGAUGAGCUAAGGAAGUGAUGCAGAAUUUUCAACUAAUCAAGAAGAGCUCAAGAUGCGUGUAACAAGCAUACUUCUGAGAUACCCCUGUAUCCGCGAAUGUAGCAGAUCACAGAAGCCAUUUUGUUGUGUAUGCUCUUUUCUACACGAAAAGAAUUAUGUGUUUGAGUUUAUCAUAUCAAACUGAGAUGCCUUAUGGGAUUCUGGCACCAUCUUGUAUUUUUGAUGAACCCCCUGUAAAAAUUGAUUGAAAGAAUAGGAAUCUUAUUUAGGAAAUGAGAAGCUCGAUAUUUUGAGGUUUUAGUUGUGCUUUCCUCUGCUCUUGGAUCUUGCAAGAUGAGGGAAGGCUGUCAAAAUGUUAUGUGCCCUUAAAUCCUGCCGAGUCAGGAUGCCAACCACCGGAGGAAUCCCUGCAGCUUGAUACUUAGGAACCACAAGCAAAUGCCGAAGCCCGACUUGCCUGAAGAUCACCAUUGCCUUUGCUACUGACAUGCUUUCAACCACUGUGAAAGGAGUUGAAUUGGUUAGAGGAUGCAAAUCAACGUACAUUUCCAUUUCUUCCCUGGUCACUGCCACCUCUUCAAUCCUGCCUUCUCUCUCAGCCAGGUCAACCGAGGAGAACUUUUCCCUUACUUCCCACUCAUCUGUUCUUCUCUUCUCUUGCAGGAACCACUUCUUCUUCAACACUUGAACCAGAUGAGCUCUUAGAAUCAGCCCAUGUAUCUCAGUUGCUCCUGCUGCUGCAACUCCCAAUGGCGGCACAACUCCUUCAUCCACAACUGGAAACCCAUGGUGGGAUGUGUUUCUAAGCACAUCAACAAUCUUCGAUACCUUCUCUACUCCACAUAAGGUAACUACUGGCUCUUUGGCAUCAACAAGCUCUGCAACUGUGAAGUUUCUCAUCCACGGCUCAGGAUUAGCAUCCAAGAACGGCAAUCCUUUCAGCUCCAGGAUUAUGUCGUAUAUGCUUGGAUUGAAGCUAUCCCCUACAGAUUUCGCUAUGAGUAACACUAUCAUUGUUAUGGGGAGCAACAAGAGGUUGUUGGUGAGUUCGAGGAAAAUCACACAAAGGGAGACCGUCAUUCUCAUUGAUCCAGCCAUGAGUGAAGCUGCACCGAGAACUGCAUAAAGGCCUUGGUCGAUUUUGGUGUAAGAUCCCAUGGCGAGUGCAAGCAGGCGGCCAUAAGCGGAUCCCAUUAGGAUGAUCGGGAGGAAAAGGCCAGAAGGUACAGCAAUGCCAAAAGUGAAUAGUCCUAGAAUCCAGUACAGAAUGAAGAAAAUGAUGAGAGACAUCGGUUGAAACUCGGUUGGAGUGUUGGUGGAGAAGAUAUUCCUCACUGCAUCAUCAUUCGUGGUAAGAAGGAGAGUUGCAAGGUCAUUGUAGUGUCCAUCUGGGCAGUUAAAUUGCUUGAAGUUGCCUGACCUUGUGUUGGUUGGGCAGGUCUCAGGCAGAGAAGGGUCGCAGGGCUGGCAUUUCGCUAGGAAUGGGAGGCAGUAGAGACACACUGAGGUGAAGAUAGAGACAGUUAAGGCUAAGAGCAGCUUGUGAAACUUCCCUUUCCUGCAUCAUAUAAACGAAGUUUGGUGGUUAUUACGAAUUUACGAUUGACUCACCAAUGGGGAACUUAUGAAGAAGAAGUUAGCUGGAAUGAAAAGUGUGGCUUACUCGUUGAUGAGAUUGUACAGCCUAAGCACCUUGUGAAGCAGAUAAUUGUACAGACUCCCCAGAACUCCACCAAUGACCCCAAUCAAUACUACUGGUAUGACAUCCAUCACAUGAUACCUCACUUCCACACUGCUCACAUCAAACAUGAUCAACCCACCACUCCCAAACAGUCCACAUCGCCCUGAAUUGCAGAUCUCGAUGAAUGCUCUAAGGAUCACCACGACCACAGCCGUGCUGAAGAAAGUCCUCCACAGCAAUGCACUCCUCCACCAGGUGGCAACUUCCUCGAGGGCGAAUAGCACGCCACCGACUGGAGACCUGAAAGCUGCACACACACCUGAUGAAGCUCCACAGGUUAUGAUGUCUCGUCUGUCCCUGUCGUUGUUGAAGUAUCGAAGCCAUCGCCACUUGAGGCGGUAGUUGUCUGGGCCUCCUUGUCCAAGCAGGGAGGCAAUGCAGCUGCCGAUGUGGACUAGAGGGCCUUCUUUGCCAAGGUCUAGCCCUGCGGAGACUGCUCCAAUGCUUCCAAAUAUCUUAACAAGCAAAGUAGUGGCACCAAACAUGUUUGGUGUAUCAAUCCCAUUAAGAUAAGCUUUGAUCUCAGGGAUCCCAGGUCCAGCUGCAGUUGGUGCAAAGAACACACACAACACAGCUGCAAAAGCUGUCAACACCAGAUUGACUCCAGUCAUAAACGCUACCCUGUCAAAUACCUGCAAACAAACAAACAACAUAACUGAUUCACAAUAAUACCCACCAAUAUUCUCCACAGCAAGGUUAAUGAGAGUGGCAAUUAAACCUGUCAAGCCUCCCACAAGGAAAGCCAGUGACCAUUUCAGGAACACAUACUGCAGCACUUGGACUUUGGAUCUACUCCUCCAGUCAUGCUUGAACAGAUCAUUCUCAUUGAUCUCAUAAUCUAAGCUCUCUAUAUGGGACACUUUGGUUCCAACAAUGGCCAAUGGGGUUGACGAGAGUGUUCUGUUUCUCUUCAGGAGUGGCUCCUGGAGUGUGCUGCUGUUGCUCUCUGGAUCUCUUUCUUCCAUUGCUGGUGCUUGCGUUUCUGCUGGCAAUUGAGAUGUGCAACAAUUGUCUUCCUCCAUUGAUGGAGCUGCAACAGAAGCAGGCAGAGCAAUGAAGGCAGAGGAGAUAAUGAUUGGG